AUGGAGGUCUUCUGCGGUUCAGUACCAAAACACCUCGACGCUGCCGCCAUCGAACGCUUCAUCUAUACGCUGGUUAAAAAGGAAUGUCACCUGACCACGGUCUCCGUCUCUGGGACUUCAAACGUGGCUCCAGUGUCAAUCAACAAAGGCUUCUACUUCCGGCGUAUCACAUCACAGCACACACACGACUUUGACUUCAUUACCUUCGCUUCUGUCCAUGUAGCUGAUUGGUUCAUUAGACAUGCACAGACCACCAGCUUUGUCCGAAACCAUGGCCUCAACAUAUGCGCGGGAAGGGAAACACCAUCCAAGACGUUCGUGGCUGCAAUUGCGGAGAACGCAACGGCGCAGCAGCCUUCGGCAAGUGCAUGGAAACAAGAUCAGGUCUUUCCCGUCUCGGGAGUGCUCAUCGGCCAUUGGGCAGCACACGAAAAGCUCAGCUACACAAACGCCCUCUCAAGCGAGCAUCUGUUUCUAGCCAUAGACGAACAAGGAGUCAUCUCACUCAAGGAGGGCUCCUGGUCCUCCCUUUCAUUCCUUCCGCGAGAUGUCCGAGCAUUCGGCCACGACAAGACAAACACACCCGCCACCUUCCUCUUUGAGGUCAAGCAGAAUCCACUACUUCGCGGAAAGCUCGAGCCCCACUCCCGGUUCUAUUUCAAUCUCCCAUCCAGACUGGUUCACGUCACACUUGGCUCGGACCGUCGUUCCCAGUCCUUCGCCAAGAUCCUUGCAGAGCUUCUCGAAGAACUUCUCAGCGACGCAGCACCUAUCGAAAAUUUGCGAUCGGUACAGAAGGUCAAGGACAACAAUGAGGCUUGGCUGGCUGCUUUCUUUGAAAAGAGCCUAACCCUCGGCAUGGAGCUGGCCUUUCUACGCGAGUCUCUCCUUCGCAAUGAGCUUGUCGGAACCUCAGCCCUCGCCAAGAUCAUUGACAAGCGUCUCGGCCUAAUGCUCACCAAGCGACAGGAUGCCCUCGCGUUGCGAGUACUCAAGAUCUUGGUGCCUAAACUCGAAGCAAGGCAAGAAAGGGGCAAGUCCGAGGAGCAGGUCCACCGCAUUACCGAAGAGCUUUGGUCUGAGGCUCGCAAAGAAGCUACAGCCAUCAGUGCCAACGGCUUGCUCACAUUCAUGGAGCCGUCUCUCAUGAAGGGCGACACUUUGCUGUCGCCUUUUUUCCACAUAGACCUAACUCCAACUCGUGUGUUGUUGUCAGGGCCCCACUGGCAUAUGUCGAACCGGGUCAUUAGGUCGUACCCAGGUCACUGGGACCGCUUUGCUCGGCUAUCCUUCACGAGCGAAAGCCGUGAGGGAGCUACUACGCCCAACUACAAAUUCGACGAUGCCGAGGAUUACAUCAAAGGGCGCGUGCUCGACAUCCUCAAAAAUGGCAUCACCGUGGCCGGUCGUAAGUUUGAACUGCUCGCAUGGUCAUCGUCAUCGAUGAGUUCGCACACCGUGUGGCUCAUCAGUCCAUUCACUGAUGCAAGCGGACGGCUUGUAGAUGCCAACUUUAUUCGAAGCAGUCUGGGCGACUUCCGGGAUGUAAUUCGCUCGCCUGCUCUCUACGGCGCUCGUCUAUCCCAAGCUUUUAGUGCGACGGCUACGACGGUCAAGAUCUCUAAAGAGCACAUGAAAAGGAUUGACGACAUUGUCACGGACAACGGACAAGUCCACACCGACGGUGUUGGCCAAAUUUCGUCCGCAUUGAUGGCCGAUGUGUGGGAGAGCUAUCUCGUGAACCAUGGCGAGUUCCGCAAGCGAAAGCUGUUGAAAGCAUCCGCGCCCUCUGCCAUUCAAAUUCGGUUGGGAGGCAGCAAAGGCAUGCUUUCACUCAACCCCAGAUUGACGGGCAAAGUGCUGUACAUCCGUCCUAGCAUGUCCAAGUUCAAGUCGGAGCAUCAAGACCUGGAAGUCGCAAACUCGUCCUCGCGCUGUUUGACAGCCAAGCUCAACCGCCCGCUCAUCAACGCUCUCGACGACCGCGGAGUGCACACGUCUACAUUCACCGCCAUCCAAGACGAGGCCAUCUCGCAAAUUGGUCGAGCCCGAAAUAACUUUGAUGAAACAGCAAAGCUGGUCUCUGCAUUCAGCUUUGGUACGGGCUGCAACCUUCGCAUUCUGUUUGAAAAGGUUCACAAGGUUGGACUUGGAGCUGCAAGCACCGAUCCCGAGAGCUUCUUCCUUGUGUUGGCGCAAGCGGUCACAGCAGCCGCCCUCGGUGACAUGAAGCGGAAAGCACGAAUCCCUGUUGCUGGAGUCACGUUGCUCGGAAUCGCGGAUGAAUUCCGGUUCCUCGCCGAAGGAGAGGUGUUUGUCCAGGUAGAAACAGUCGAGCUUGGCCAAGUGAGCCGCAGAAUCUUGACCGGACGGAAGCUCAUAGGACGGUCUCCCACCAUCGACCCCUCCGACAUCACAAUGGUCCAUUGCAAAAAGCCGCCACCAGGUCAUCCGUUACUGCAGCUGCGCAACGUCAUCGUUUUCAACACAUGCACACGGCUACAAACCUUGCCACGCCGCCUUGGUGGAGGAGACCUGGACGGCGACCUCUAUACCAUCUACGAGGACGAGCGACUCUUUCCUCCGACCCAACAGUCUCCUCAUGCCGUCUUUCACGACAAGGUCAAGCCUCUUGAGCUGCCUUGGGACUGCAGCGCGCACGAUCUUGCCGACUUCUUCGCAGACUUUAUGCUCAACGACUUCCUCGGAAUCGUGUCGUCGCUACAUUUGCGAAUCUCGGAUGCAAGCGAGGCUGGUGCUGAAGACCCACGCUGCAAGACGCUUGCCACGUUACACUCGCAGGCAACAGACUUUCGCAAGACCGGAGUUGCUGUAAGGAGAUCUCAGCUGCCACCUAUGUAUGAGCCGAUCGUUCCCGACUAUCUUGCGCAGUCCGAGAAGCGAGAGGGAAAGCUAGUCUACUCCAGCAAGCGAGCCCUCGGAUACCUGUACCGAUCGGUCAGCUGGGGCGAUACGGAUACUCCAAGCCUCGAUGGCAACACGGAUCCAGAGACCGGCCUCGCGCGUGUUAUUGACGAUGGAUGGAAUGGCGAAACUGGCGACGAGCAAGGAGACUCAUCUUACUCCGAUGUUGUGAGCGAGUUCAGUAGCCGCAUCGAGCAGCACCAGCAGAGUGUCUCGAGCUCUGUACACGCUACGAUGGGUGCUGGGACUGCACCUGCACUGUCAGCCACUAACUCCUGCACGGGAACAGCACAGGCGGCUUCGCAGGUAGAUGCACUGCCAUCCCUGGAUUCUAGGAUCUCCGGACUCGCCGCACCACCAUCAACUGACUCGCGACCUUCGAUGGCAACUGUGAACGUCGCUCCGUUCCGGUUUGCAGAUCACACGUUCCCGCAGUUCCUCGAGAGGAUCGGGUGGACGCAUCAACAUUUCUUAGCCACUUCAAUGGAUGAUGCUGACGCCAUUGCCGACGGAUAUCGCUAUAUCCCCGUUUUCUUCGAAUUCACCGGAGGCUUGCGGCGCUUAUCGCGCAGAACUGCAGCCUAUCACCCGAAUGCCGGGAAGCUCAAGAUCGGUGCUAAUGAAACCCGAGGCCCCAUGGAUGGUGCCUACCUCAUCUCAGAGGUGCAUCUCCUUACGGGCCGCCUGCCUUGGGCAAAAGUCUGCAGACGAACCAGGACGGACCGCGAUAACGACCUUCUGGACAGCAUGCAAAGCUUAAUCACCGUCCUGCGAAAGAACCUGUGUCGCGUUUCGGAAAAGUCUGCCUUUGGCAAAGCAAAGAGCAAUCGAGGCUCUGAGGAAACCAACAGUGCCGCCCCGGCUUCAAGUUCCAGUGACAGUGCUCACCAGGCUACAGCUUCAAGCAAGUCUAGCCGGAUGGUUGAAGCAGGGACCGCCGAGAAGCCCUACGAGGUCAAUUCGAGCGAGGAAGACGAUGGAUGUUCGGACGUCUUGACUGAACGUCGCUCGGUGACACCAAGACCACAGGUGCAAGGUAUGCCUUUAGCGCCUAUCGCAGAUAUCACUCGGGGUAACUUGAGCGACAUAAACACUCCUAAGAGCGGGCUCAAGAGGAAAGCAUCCCAAGUACUCGACGCUGAGAGGCAUUCUCGAUCAUACACGCCGACACGUUUGCGACUAGAGCCUGAGGUCUCUGAUCAGCAACAGCCUCCGGCAAAUGGAGCUGACCAUAAUGCCUCGACCUCCAAUGCUCUCCGGUCACCGGUCACGAUUGCAUCCCCGCCACAUGGCAACGAGGACAUGAUCCGAUUCGAUGACUUCGACGACACUGCGACCGUAGCAGGCAAUGAAGAAGAGGAGGAGGGAGACGAAGAAGGAGAGCUAACGGCGACAUCUGCUCAAAAGACCGUCGACUCGCUCUGGAAAGCCUGCUCGUUCUUUUGUUCGCCUGCGCGACCCCGGUACUCCAACGUGUACGGGUACAACACUUUCAUGAUCACUCUCACGCUGCAUCUGAUCUCCAUGAUCGAGACACUCAAGCACCUGCAUCGCAAUUCCGCUGGUAGACGGUAUUCCAAACAAUCAUCGAACAAGGGUAAAGCUAAAGCGCAGGAGACCGGCACUUCUGUCAAGACGGAGAGCGUUGACUCUGGUUUCGGAGACGAGUCGGGUGACACGGUACAAGCUGGUGUGGACGUAGAGGUAGGACACGGAGGAGGUGGCGAGGAUGACGAUGAAAAUUACAGCCUUACCGAAGAGGCCAUGAGGGCACUGAACUUAGGUGACAUGAUCGACUUCACCCAGCUCGGUUUCGAAGGAUAG